CUGCCAAUAUAAUGUCAGAAGAGCAAGCUACAAAGAGUCUGUCUCUGGCCGACAUCCUCGAUUCAACAGACGACGCGGCGAAGGACGCGUAUCUCGAGCACCACGUCCCAGUACCGGAUGACAAGCCGGAAGGCUGGGACGAAGAGGAUGGUACUACUGCUAAGGAAGGCUUUUGUGUAGAGUGCGAGGACCAGCCUGCUCAGGUGAAUUGCGAGCAGUGCGCAGAUAACUACUGCGAAGUCUGUUUCGCGGCUCAGCAUCGUAAGGGUACUCGGAAACAACACAUGCAAAAGCUUCUGAUGGUUAAACAAAGACGUGCGAAGAGGGCCAAAGUCCUUGAGAACGGAACGACUGGAAAAGAUGACAAGAUGGAUGAAGACGGUGGUUCAGACUGGGAACACGUCAUUGAUGAACCCGCACCGAACGCAUCGUCAGCGGAUGUGAGCGGACAACAGCCAGCGCCCGGUUCAGCAGUGGGGGAUUGGUUCCUUGAGCGUGCAAAGUACAUUCCUCUUCGUUUAACACUGCCAGAACGAAAAUAUCUCCGCUUGCUCGAAGCGGCGUUACAAGUCUCAGAAUACACGGAUAAGAUAGAUAUUCUACAUUUUGGCUCAAAAGUGAAGCGGAUAGUUGCUCAAAUCAAAGAGAUAUGUGCAAUAUUAAGUGGUCUAGUGCUCGCUGCGGAUUACAAGCAGGGCCAAGAACUCUUCUCAGAUCGUGAUUUCGAGGCCAAUGCAGACUUCUACCAACAAAUCUUCGAGCUUGGACGUCGGCAUAAAAUUAUGAAUCCCGACAAAAUGAGAACAACUUACGGAAAACUCAUUUAUAUUCUACAGGAUAGCGCUAUUCCCGAAGUUCAGGAACUCCUAAACUUCUCGUGCAUCAAGCCAAUCGUCACAGUUUAUAACGUACUGGAACAGAACAAUGCCCUUGAACUCUUGCGGGACAAUCUUAUUGCUGUCGCCACAGGGGAGAUAUACUCCGAAGGCCGCUCGCGACGCGAGGUCCAGAAGGACAUUAGAAAGAAAGAACAAGCCGUGGAGGUCUUGUCGAAAAAAUAUGCAUCAAAGGAUCUAGAUCAGGAAGCUGUCCGCCAAUGCAUAUACAGCAUCAGCGACAAUCACGCGUUUUUACGGGUUAACCGUGAUCCUUGUGGGAAGAUGAUUGGAUACCUGAAAAGAUACUUUGACGCUCAUCAUCCGAAAGACAAUAAGGCCUCGCUCGCUAUUCGGAGCGGGAAGGGUGGCGCUCGUCUCACUCAUGACCACGCUAGACAAUAUUCGUACGUACUGCAAAGUUUGACUCUAUGGAAAGAGAUCUUGCACGAGUUCUUUCAUCUCUGGUACCUUGCCGAAGCCGACCUUCUAUCAUCCGAUAUCACGUACAGGCUGAGGGACACCGGACAGGGCUUGAAUCGGGUACAAGCAGCUCCGAAGACGUUACGCAUGAUGCAUGCCAUUUUGCACCGUGCACAAACCAAUAUUGGCAGUUGGGUCGGUUCAGCUGCGAUCCAUAUGGGUGACCAUAACGUACCAAAUGCUCUCAUGUUCAUAGACAAAUAUUCCCAAAUUUACCGUAUUCUUCUGCCUAUAACCAACGUCCUAAAAGAAAUCCCGAAUCUCAUGGACAAGCCAGCUCUUCGUUCUUACAUUGACGAUGAAUUUGGUUCCGAAGAUAAUCUGUACAGAGAGAUACUUGGUGAUUUCUUCCGCCAUGCAUUCGACGGCUCGGGCGCUGACAACUUCUUCGACGCUGGCUCUUGUAUCGACGGUCGUUUGACGUCUGCCUGGCAGUGGACAUCGCAAUUAGAAAAGAAGCGAUAUUUCCCUGUAUUCCUUCUAGCAGGCUUUGUUGGGUUUGAUGGGGAAUGGUAAUACUAGAAAGCG